AUGCCCAGCGAUCCCGAGGAUGAUUAUAUACCUUGGAUACAACAAUUUUGUCAAUUGUUUGGCCAUGACUAUUUUGUACAGGUAUCACAGGAAUUCAUUGAGGACGAUUUUAAUUUAACAGGUUUGUCGCUGCAGGUGCCGUUUUAUAGAGAAGCAUUAUACACAAUACUAGAUUAUCAAGUUGAGACGGCCGAAGAUCACAAUACGUCGACCACCAACACAACAACAACAACAACAACAACAACAACAACUGCAACAGCAACAACAACAACAACAACUGCCGCUGCCGCUGCCGCCGCUAAUGCCAAUAAGAACCCAGCAAACAAUAAUAUGGCCAAUAACCACAACGACACGCGAGGUGGCGGAAAUGGCAAGUCCAAGUCAUCGAAUACUGCCAAUUCCGAAUUGCCCAAUCAGGCAUUAUUAGCACAUCUGGCAGAGCUAUUAUACGGCUUGAUUCAUGCCCGUUAUAUAGUAUCUAAACAAGGGUUAACCGCCAUGGCAUCAAAGUUUGAGAAAAACGAUUUUGGCUCGUGUCCAAGAUAUUUUUGUGAUGGAAUGCAUUUAAUCCCCGUGGGGUCAACAGAUAUCCCUGGCCAGGAAACAGUUCGAUUAUAUUGUCCAUGUUGCAAUGACAUAUAUAUUCCUUCAAGCUCGAGGUAUUUGAAUAUCGAUGGUGCCUAUUUCGGUACAACGUUUCCCGGGUUAUUAGUCAAGAUGUUCCCAGAAAUUGAAAAUCAAUGUAGAAUUAGAAUAAAUAAAUUUAGUCAAAACGAUUUCGGAUUGAAGUUAUUUGGAUUCAAGAUUAAUGAAUUGAGCUCAACUGGACCAAGAAUGAAAUGGUUGAGAAUGCAUCCAAAGACAUCUGAAGAGAAAAAGGAAUAUGAUUUUUGUGAGUAUACUGUACCCAAAUUGACAUAUGAUGAUGAGGAGGAGGAGAAGGAGGAUAAAGAAGAAGAUGGUGAUGAUGAUGAUGACGAAGAGGACGAAGAUGAAAUGGAUGAGGACGAAGAAAAUGAUAAUGAUGAUGAUGAUAAAACAAUGGCAAGUGAAUAA